CGGAUUUUUUGUUGAUUGUGGUGAAAAUUUGAUUAUAUUUUUCUUCAUAACGGCAGUAAGCACGAAAAUGGAUUCCCUCGUUGGGUACGGCAGUGAUGAUGAAAACGAAACUGAGCGCUACGGGGGCCAUCACACUGCGACUGAUAUUUUAGGGCUCGGGUGGCGGCUACGGGGGCUCGCGUCGCCGCGAUGACGAUACUAACUACGAUGACGUCAACAUGGACAUGAGCGAGGAUUCGCAGGCCGAGUCGGAGCCCGAGCUGCCGCCAGCGGAGCCCGCGCCGAGACAUGCGCAGAACGACCGUCGCGGGUCAGACGACAGUCGCGAGCGUGACCGCGGGCGUGACCGGGACCGCGACCGUGAAGAGGGGCGGAGGGACAAGCGACGUGAGUCCCCUCGCCGCUCGGACCGGCGAUCACCACAUCGGGAUGACAAAUACAGAUCUGAGAGGGAGCGCGCAGACCGCGGGCGCGGCUACGAGGGCGGCUCCCGACGCGGCCUGCUCGGCGACAGACCUGAUGAUAGAAAUGCAGACAGGCAGGUGCCAGCACUAAUGGAUCUCAGGCCGUUCGGAGGCGAGGCCCCGCCAAGCUUCAGCAGGGAUGCUCGCGACGCCGUGUCACCCAGGUUCACAGAGCGCGCUGAGAGGGGUGGGCGAGACAGAGAACGCGGCGACAGGGAGCGAGACCGCGAGCGGGAACGGGACCGCGAGCGACACAGCCGCCGCUCACAGGAACGCUGCAGGGCGGGCAGUAGACACGGCGAACGCAGGUCGCGGUCGCGCGGCGCCGCCUUCCCGCCGCCCGGGGCCUCCACCUCCAGCUCAACCUCAAACGACAGACGCGUUUCCCCGCCUUCAAGCGACUACCGGCCUUCAUCAUACAAAGUCAAUAGAAAGCUCGAAGUCAUGGAGAAAAUGGGUCUGCAGAUCAAGACCCCGGACGGGUCAAUGGCCACGGCCCAGCAGCUGCGGGCCGCGGCCGGGGAUGCGCCCGCGCCCGGCGGCCUACCCUCUUACUACAACCCUACCGCCGUCAACACUAACAAGAUAAUGGAUCAGGUAAACAAACGCAAGCUGCUGUGGUCGAGCAAGGCUGGCAAGGAGGCGGAGGAGGCGGCCAAGUGGAGCGGCACGCGGUUCGCGCAGGACAACGACGGCAAGCAGGUCUCCAAGUUCAUGAGGCUCAUGGGGAUUAAGGAACCAGGUUCAAGUAUGACAACAAUCUCUUCUGAGGGUGCAGUGAAACCCGAAUCAACAGACAAAACGGCAGACCCGAUCAAGAAGCAAGAAGAACUGUUUCAAGCGAUGCAAGCUCAGUACGAAGUGGCCCGAGCCACGACGCACACCAUGCGCGGCGUAGGCCUCGGCUUUCAAAGAGGACAGUACUAGGCCACAGUGAAGUGAUUGUGAUCAGAUGACGUGACAGGGUAGGUCUUCGAACACCAGAAGUCAUAAAAAAAAUAGAUCUUUUUGCAAACAUCCAUUCAGAACUCACGUAAGUCACGUAGCCACUUUAGAACCCUGUCGCACUAUCAUAUUUGACAUUUAAUGAGCCUUACGGUUUAAUUUGUCAAAAAAGUUAAUGUGACAUGGUAUCAAAGUGUAUACAUAUUAGUACUCGUGAGCGUACAUAAGCUAUAACUGGAUAUUUUUGCGUUUACGGUAAUGAUAUUGAGUUCCGGUGUUCGAAGAGCUACCUAACAGCCAAAAAAUUAGUGAUGGACCUAUAUUUUUUAACUGUGGAUAUAUUUAUCUCAGCCAAGUUAGGUAAAUGUAAUUGGUUCCUCUCUCGUGUCAGUCUAUUCUUUAUUUAAAAAUCUAUAAAAAUGGCUAUGGUAUGCUUUAAAUCUAUUUUAUAGCUAAUCCAGUCAAAAGCAUGGGAGUCUUUUUUAUCGAAGUUUGGCUAUAAGUUUGGUUGUAUUUUUUUGUAUGUUGACAAUUCUUACAUGUGUAUUAUUGUCUGGAAAUUAUGUAUGCGUAAUUUUCUUAGUUGUGAACCCAUUUGUUAACGAGUUUAGAAUUGCACAAUACACCAUGAUGAUAUGAACAUCAUUUGCGUACAGCAGUGGAUCCCAAAUAGCUUAAUUAAAACAUAUAACACCAGGUUCUUACCGCUUUAAAAUCAGGGAUAUACUCACACAUACCCAUGGGGUCUCAUAUCCCUGAUUUUAAGGCGGUACGAACUCGGUAUUAUGUGUUUUAAUUAUGAUAAUAACCGCCAAAUAUAUAUUUAUAUAUAUUUAUUUAAAUAUAUAUAUAUAUAUUUCAUGCGUACUUCUUAAAGAGAGUACAAUCUCGCGUCCCUGACUUAGCAUCACGCCUGUAUCCCCAAAGAGGUAGUACAGUAAUAAUAAAAGUCUAAGAACAUUAAAGAAUGAGAAUGUCGGUUCGACUGACUAUUCUGCGUACUUUAAGCAUCUUUCCGUAUCCCGAGUGUUACGAAUACCGUUGGGAACCACUGUUAGGCCGGUCACAUACAUUCGGAAUUCCGUUUCGGAAUUUCGAUUCGAAAUACUGUUUCGGGAUUCCGUUAAUAUAUCACACACAUACGUUUAUUUCCGUUCGGAAUAACAAGGCUCAGUUGAGCGACUCUAGAACUUGAGUUCAGACAUUUGGCAUUAUGGACGACGAUUUUCUUAUCGCGAUAGCACUGUUCCUAUACCUAUCAAGGAAAAAAAAAAUACGAAAUGCGUAAUUCCGAAUACAUAGGCCAUCAUACGGAAUUCCCAAUCAGAUUAAAUUUCGAACGGAAAAAAACUAAGUAUGUGGUUGAUUCAUAGAUGUUGUAUGGAUUUAAUGCGUUCGAUAUUUCGAAUCGAUAUUUCGAAUCGAAAUUCCGAAACGGAAUUCCGAAUGUAUGUGACCGGCCUUAUAGAGCAAAGUAGUGAUGUUCGGUCUAUAUACGUUAAAUAAUAGGUGUUUGUUGUAGAUGAUGUCACCGUUUUCACUAUAGAUCUUAUUGCCAACAUUACUGCAUAAUUUGGUGUUGCCAAACUACGCGAAUGUAAUCAAUAGAAAAUGUAUGAAUCUGCAAUUUUCAAAGUCAUAGAUAUUUUGCAAGCCAAAUUAGUUAUAAUGGAAUCUACUAAGAUCUCAGCGUGGAUGUACAGCUUCUGUAAAAAUUACGAGCAUUGUAGUCAGAAGUAGAGAAGCGAAAUCUUAUGAAACAUUUUGUAAAAUCUUGUAAGCUUAGGGCCCCUGUAUAAAGCAAAAAUAGACAGGCUACAUUCAUAGAAAUGAAAAAAUAUAUUUCUUCCCCUGCGGUCUCGAUUUUCGAGCGAUAAUGUACAUAAUGUUGUGAUUUUAAUUUAUAUUUAUACAUUUUAUACUGAUAAGAAUCCGCCACCAUAUUUUUCCGUACAAAAAAUAUAAGUAAAUAAAAUACAGAUACAGUUUUAUGCAUUAUAUCUCGGGCAAUUGGGUAGUUUCCUAGCUCUAUUACUAAAUAAACACAGAUCUAAAGGUGACAAAAAACGUUUUCUUUUUUCUAUUUAACUUAUUUAUUAAUUUAAAUAAAGAAAAAUGUAAUAAUAAGUGCUACAUUUUGUCACAUUUUUCUAUGACGUCACAGGUCGCUUUUUCAUACAAAUUCCGUUGUAAUUUCGUGUUUUGACGUUAAGUAAAAAGUAACUGAUUUGUUGGAAGCUACCCUAUUGUGCCCGAUUAUACAUAGAUUACUUUUUGCUAAGGAAUAGUUCAGCGGCUAUGUGUGAUAUAAUAACGCUAUUUAAUUUAAAUGAAAAACUGAUGGCCACUGCAUUUAUAAUUAAUAAUGAUCUUCCUAUGUUCUCCUAGUGUUAAAUUAGCCGUAAGCCUCACUCAGAUUUGACAUAUUAAUGAAUCAAUGCAGUGGUGAUCAGUUGUGAGAUAGAUAAGGUAAUAAAUAUAAAUAAAUAAUAAUAUAGGUA